AUGGCAGGCAGACUGGGCUGGUUCCUGAAGGAGGCCUGGGUCAAGGAGCCCCUGCUGACUCUGUCCUUUGAUAUCUGCACCAUGGCACUGCUCUUACUUCCAUUAAGCCCCUAUACCAAAUAUGCAGGCAUGAUCAACCAGGCCACUCCUUACAUCUACCCUGUUCUUGUUUAAGAUCAUGGCAACAUGAGGGAUAUUCUACCAUCCUCAGGACCCCAGGAUCCUUCUCUUCAUUGGCUUAAGAAUCUAUGA